AUGGCUACUCGACCUGACUACGGACGCUUAUCCCAAGCCAUGGAGGCCUCCGAGAUCAUUGCCAGCAACGACUCCGAUGGCUCGGGGUCAUCCGACGAGUACCAGCUGCCUCCGCCCUACGCCGUGCGGUCUGCCCCGGGUUUUGGCAGUGAGCUCGAGGGCCAGCCCAUGCCGGCCAACCCUGCUUCCUCCCCUGCCCCGGCCAGCUCGAUCAACAAUGUCGCUGCUGGAUAUCCUUCGCCAUGGUCUGGUGGCCCAACAGGGCGACCUCGCGGGGCCAGCAUGGGGGGCAGCGCGCCGUUCGACAAUUUGACUAUCACGGAUGGUGUAGUGGCAGAUCGAGCAGAACUCCGGCCGCAGCGUCCGUCGGGGCCCGCCAGGACGCCGUCGAAUACGUACGCCCCCCAACGACGACCUCCUCACUAUAUCAACAUCCAGAAUGAUCCCCGGCAUGCCUCCUCCGCGAAGCGAGGCCCCAGGCGCGACCCGAAUGCCCAGUACCGCGCUCAGGAGAAGGCAUACGUACAGCGUCUUCGCGCAAACCCUCAGACAUGGUACCAACAAUUCGGUGAUGCUCAAGGAAUGAGCGCCAUUGACUCAGACGUGGACGACCCUUCGCCCUCAUCGGAAGUGCCAUUCGAAGACGAUCAAUAUGAUCCCGAUAUCCAGCUCUUUUUGGGUGAAAACGAUAAUCAGCCGACGAUUGACGAGCUUAAAAACCCGAAGAACCAGGAACGGCUAGAAUGGCAUUCGAUGUUAGCCUCAGUCUUGAAGGGUGAUGUUGUCAAACAGGAGAAGCAACGUCUGAUCGGGACAACCGAGUCGAGGCGUUCGAGCGCGUGGAACCACGAGAUCUGGCUUGGCGUGAAAGCCAGGACAUGCGGCCGGAGUAUCACGAUACAGAAGAAACUCAUUGAGGAUGCUCGAGCUGGUCUCGGUCCUAUCAUCGAGGACAUCAUCAAUUUCCAAAUCAAGGGCGAGAAGGAGAUUGGGAAACCGCCUGCUGAGCAGGUCGAGGAUAUCGUGGCCAAGAUCAGUAAAUGCGAGUCUCUGUAUCCGACCCGGAAGGAAAUGGAAGCCGCCAACCCGAGGGCUGCCUCGCCCGAGUUUCAGGAGAGUUGUGAUGCCGUAAUUGCAUGGCACAACACGACGCUGCUGAUCAAUACCGAGUUGGCCAUCCUUCAAAGCUGGGUGGGCAACGACGAGCUGGACUUCACCAAACCAAGAGUCAAAAAAUCCGGUACGGGUGCGGACCUUUCGGACGAGGGUUCGUUUUUGGACCGGAUCAUGAAGGAAGACGGCUUGAAGACAUUACAAGGCGAGCACAACAUGAUCCACGGGAUCGGCGAGGUUAUCAAUAAAGCAAAGAGCACCCUCAUCGAGAAUGCGGAGGCAUUCUCCAAACGCCAUCUACCGCCGUACAUCGAGGAGUUACUGACCCUGAUCAAUUUCCCGUCACGACUGAUCCAGGAGAUCAUUCGUGUCCGUUUAUCAUAUGCGAAGAAAAUGAAAGAUCCCGCGCAGCAGUCUCCCAUCCUGGUUGACCAGAUGAUCUCACAAUUUCAAAUCUUGAUGAAUGUGGCCGUGGACAUCAAACAGCGUUAUCUGGUUAUCUCCAAGCCUGAGCCCGGUUGGGACCUUCCUCCCUGCAUUGACGAGAACUUUGACUCGGUCGUGGUGGAUGCAAUGAAGUAUUACUUCCGACUGCUCAAUUGGAAAUUGAAUGCCAACAAGAACACCUUCAAGGAGGCCGAAAUCUUGGAACAGGAGUGGGGAUUCUCCAAUGAAAUUGGUCGCCAGUUGGAGGGCGGUGACAUUGAAGUUGCUGAGCAGUUCAGUGCUCUCACUGCGAAGUCCCUGCAACGACUCAUGAUCCACUUCGAACGUGAAUUGGCCACUCGCUCGGAUGAAGACCCUGCGGACAUGGAUAAGCGCUACAAGAGUGUUCUAGAUUCAACCAGAGUCCGGCAACGGAAGCUGUACCGAUUUUCUCGCUUCCUUCGACAGUUGUUUGAAAACGCGACAGAGUAUAACUUACCAGCAGAGAUUGCAGAUGAUUUCUUUGAGGCCCUGUUGAUCUCCGACCAUUUCCUUAUAACGUCGAAUGAUUCUAUCGGACAGAAGGGCGUGUACCUGAUCGCUCAUCAUGCGCUGUGGAACAAGCCUGCAGAUAUUCAGUCAAUUCUCGGAACCUCUUUCCGUGAGGAGGACGCUCCUAAGGAUCCCUCUCACUGCCCUUAUAUUCUAGUGAUUCGCCCUGAGAGGCCACUCGCAUGGGCUGGAAAAAGCAUGCAAGUGGACGGACUAGAACAUCCAACCGAUGUCCGGCUUGGAAAGCUCCGACUGGUUGCGGAUGGGACUCAGCAACGGCUGUCUAAUGCCCGGCUAGAGUUAGCCCACCUGACUGACUUCCAUCUCGACAUAGCGAUUGAGCAACGCGCCAACCUCGGGCGAGUCAACGCGGAAUUGAACAAAAUCAAGAAGAUCUCCUUCAAGCUGUCCAUGACCAUUAUGGAUAGCGUUGCCGUCAUCAGGCAACAGCUCAAACAGAAAGGCGUGGAGAAUACGGAACUCAUCCAGGCUUGUUACGCCUUCGCAACCGAAUUUGGCAAACGAUCGUCCAGCUACGUAGAUGCAAACAGACGGGCAAUGAACAGCGCUCGGUUGGUGGAGUUGGCUCUCGAAUGGGUUUCAUUCAUCUGCGAUGAUUGUGAUGCUGCUGACCGUAAAACUUUCAAGUGGGCAGUUGCCGCUCUGGAAUUUGCCAUGGCUAUCACUUCGGGCAACCAUCUCCUCUCAAUGGACGAUGAUCAGUUCGCCCUUCUCAGAGUCAAGGUGGCCGGAUGCAUGUCGAUUCUCAUUUCGCACUUCGAUAUCAUGGGCGCAAGAUCGUCCCUGGCCGCCCAGGCGGAAAAGCAGCGGCUUGAGGAGUCACGAGGCGGUUCCAGAAAGCUUGGAGGUGGUCGAGUUCUCACCGACGAGGAAGCACAGAAGCUGGUUCGCGAACAGCGCCUGGCUCGAAUUGCGGAAAUUGAAGCAUUGCGUGUCGAAGAGGACGCGAAGCGCCAGGCUUUGGGCAAGGUCUUGGAAGGGUCCAACGAAGCGGACCGGUCCCUGGCCGCCCUCUCGUCAUCUGCUACCAACGUCACCCUGCGCUGGCAACAAGGCCAAUUCAUCGGCGGUGGGACAUUCGGAUCUGUGUACGCUGCCAUCAAUCUGGAUAGCAACUAUCUGAUGGCCGUCAAGGAAAUCCGCCUGCAGGAUCCGCAGUUGAUCCCCGUCAUAGCCCAGCAGAUCCAGGAGGAGAUGCGUGUCCUGGAGGUACUUGACCACCCUAAUAUUGUGUCUUAUUAUGGCAUCGAGGUGCAUCGCGACAAGGUCUACAUUUUCAUGGAAUACUGCUCAGGGGGUUCGCUUGCUGGUCUGCUUGAACACGGUCGAAUAGAAGACGAGACGUUCAUAAUGGUCUAUGCUCUCCAGUUGCUGGAGGGUCUUGCAUAUCUGCACCAGGCUGGAAUCGUCCACCGCGAUAUCAAGCCCGAAAACAUCCUACUUGAUCACAAUGGGGUGAUUAAAUACGUCGAUUUCGGCGCAGCCAAGAUCAUUGCCCGCCAAGGCAAGACGGUGGCUAAUGCGGAUGCAUUCGUCAAUGCUGUUGGCCAUAAGGAUAUCAUGGGACCUAAGGAACCACAUCGCAACCAUCACAAGACCAUGACGGGUACACCAAUGUACAUGUCCCCCGAAGUGAUCCGAGGCGACGCGUCUAAGUUGGUCGAACGCCAAGGGGCGGUGGAUAUCUGGUCGCUAGGCUGCGUCAUUCUUGAGAUGGCCACCGGUCGUCGUCCUUGGUCGUCCCUUGAUAACGAGUGGGCGAUCAUGUACAACAUCGCGCAGGGCAAUCAGCCGCAGCUUCCCACUCGCGACCAACUCAGCGACCUGGGGAUCGAUUUCCUCCGGCGUUGCUUCGAGCGAGACCCAAUGAAGAGGCCAACCGCAGCCGAGCUCCUGCAACACGAGUGGAUUGUGUCCAUCAGAAACCAGGUCGUUGUCGAGCCGCAGACGCCUAGCAGUGAAGGCGGAAAUGGAAGCGCCAGCAGCUCCGGCAUGAACAGUCGACAAAACUCGAACGCAUUUUUGUAG